UCGUUAUAUUUCAAUCUGUGAUUUCAAUCACAAUUUCAAUAUUUCUCUAGUUACCUAUUCACCAGUUAUUCACUUUCACAAAAGAUUAUUUCUCUCUGUUCACAAAUUUAUCUAAUCAUUUAUAUGCUUUUAUUUGUUCUAAUCCUGUUUUCAGUUGCUUACUUUGAAUAAUGUUAUAGAACUUGAACGCAAUUUGGAAUAAAUCAACAGGUUAUAAUUCCAUCUUCUAUCUGUCACUAGACGUAGUGUUUAAAAAUAUUCGAAUUGAUAACUAUUUUCUGAUAUGAUACCUAAAGUUUAAUUGAAGAAGAAAAACUAAUUAAACAAAGAAAAAGUCGGUAGAAUUUCGGAUAAUUAUGGAUUUUGUCGAGGUCAAUGGAGCCGAGUACUACAGAAGACGAGUUUGUAGGUUUAAUUUAAGAGGAAUGUGUAGAUUUGGUAGCAAUUGUCGAAACAUACACGAAGAUCCAGUAAAAGAUAAAGAGAAAGUUAAAACACCACAAAAGAAAACCAAUUCAAACUCUCCUGUAAUUUCCCCUAAAAGUGCUGCUUCAUCAUCAGGACAGACUCCUAGAUGUGCAAAGAACCUCACAAAUAAAUUUGGCCCAAGUAGUAGUUCAUCAAAUGAAGCGAUUGAUUUAGUUAGAAAAGCCCAGUCAGCUGAAAAAUCAUGCGGUAUUUGUUUCGAUACAAUCUUAGAAAAAGUUAAAGUCAUUGAACAAAAGUUCGGAAUUUUGCCCAAUUGCAAUCAUUGUUAUUGUUUCACCUGCAUAACAAAAUGGAGGAAAACAAAGGAGUUUGAUUUCAGUGUAGCCAAAGCUUGCCCGGAGUGUCGUAUUGCAUCAGACUAUGUGUACCCGAGCCGGAUAUGGUUCGAGGAGAAAGCCGAAAAGGACACCUUCAUCGCCAACGAGCGCUCGCGCAUGCAGAAGAUCCACUGCCGCUACUACAACCGCGGCACGGGGCGCUGCCCCUUCGGCAACACCUGCGUCUACCUGCACGCCCUGCCCGACGGCACCAAGAUGGACGUGGGUCCGCCCAAGCCGCGCCGCCGACGCGCCUCUGUCGACCCGGACCUGGUGCACGAGAUCCUCUACUGGCUGAACGACGACGACGUGUUCGACUGGGACGAGGACGACGAUCUGGACCUGGACGACCCCACCAUCGCCAUGCAGCUGUACGACCGGGGCGACAUUAGGCGCUACAUGGCGCUGGACAGGCUGAUGAACAUGACAUCGUCCGACUCGGAUUCGGACGACUACGGGUAUAGUGAACUGUUCGCUUAGGUACCGAGCCUGACGCUCGCCUCCGUCUUGUUUGUUAAGAGUGAUUUUUAUACCCCAUCUUUUUCGUUUUAUUUAAGGUAUCUUACUCGUUAUUGUCGUAGAUCGGGGGUGACUGUACUCGGCCUCCGGUCGUACUUAUAUUUCUUAGCGAUUAAUAAAAUUAACUACACCCAUGGACGCGUUAAUGAUUGUUCCUAUUUUUUAUUUAUUAUUUCAAGUACUUUUUUGUUUCAGACACAGUUCAUAUACAGUCAUAAUCAUUCUAAAUCUGCGGUAUAAAUUUUAAUGCGAAUUGAUACAUUUUUUCUAUGAGGGAUUGUGCAUCAAAUAAUUGCUUCCUAUAUUGAACUAUUACCCCCAUAAACCAGAAUAUUUAAAUAAAUAAAUACAGGGUGUUCCUUAAUGACAUGCUAAUAUUUAAGGAGAUGAUUCUUGAACCUAAAUUUAGAAAAAACUAAUGUUAUAGAACCUUCGGCAUUUACCCUGCGGAUAAAAACUUCGUGUUUGUGUGGUGGAUCAAGUCUAUGGCAGGCCAAGCCUCUCACAGGCCAUAUCCGCAGAAUUAGAUCUGAUCUUAACGAUAAGAUUCGGGAACUUGUAACGUUAUUUCUUUCAAAGCGACUGUUAUUAGUUAUUCCGAUAAACAUUUAUCUAUAUAAAAACUGCUAUAAAACGAUUAAAAAAAAGAUUUAAUUGGCAAGCCAAAUUGGGCCCCAAAAAGUCCAGACACCAAGUCUGCAGGCUAAAUCUUCUGGUGUAUGAGGGGCUAUUAAUAUAUUUAUCAAUGAUCGAACUUAAUAUUUCAAAUUGUAUUGCUGUGCCCUCUUAAUUCAAUUCUAUAACCUUUAUGUUCAUCUUUAACCAGCGUACGUGGAAACUGGCAACAUUGCAUUAAUUUAUUUCUCUGUCUAUCAACAGUUUUUAUUACGGGUCUACUUCUUCUGUCUUUGUCAGCACGCAUUAAAAUAAAGACGUUUCGUUAGGUUAGUGUGAAUAUAUUUAUAGAAUAAGCUGUUAAGUAAUUUAAUUCCGAUUUUAAUGUAUUAAAUAAACAGUGUACUUCAUAUUGAAUGAAUAAAAAAACCGAAAGUUACUAACUGA